CAUUGGUUUUCUCAACACCGAUUGCAGCCGUGCUGCCAAAACGCAGUUGGCAUGGCGCAGUCUGGAGGCGACAGCGUGUUCAUGCUGGACUGCCUCUUCCGAGUUUUUGGCCACCAAACAUUGGAGGCGAAUCUUGCAGAGCUGCAGGAGCGCUUCCCGUCCCUGGCAGAGGAGGCAAAGCAAAUGGCGGUGGCGGAGGAGCUACGCUGGGCGGCCUGCCCGGCGAAAGAGGCGCCACCAUCGAAGCGACGCUGGGACCUGGCCAACAUGCUCAUGGCACAUACUAGACAGGUUUGGGUGCUCAGGGACCUGCUGCACCAUGCACUGCGGCGCAGGGGGAAGCCGCUGAAAAGGGACCGGCCCACUUCGCCCGUGGAGAGGCAAGACAGGCUCGAGGACUUUUUCGCCACCCUGAAGCAGAGCCCGCGCAAGGUCUACCCAGAAGGUCACCAGCCUUUGAUCAUGGACAAGUUCUGGGAGUCGUUGGAGGAGUCCUCGAUGGCCACCACAGCUCCCAGCUGCUGGAAGGAUCGAGCCAGCCGAAGCCGCUGCUCGGCGACAGCAAGCACCUGGGAUAGCCAUUGGUCCCAGCACAUGCCAGAGGAGCAGUUGGAGGACAUCUCCAUGAACACAAGCCUUCCGCGGAAGAAGUCCACAGGUGGAAUCGUUCUACCACCAGUGGUACAGACGCCACCAUCGGGUGGGUCUGUUGCGGUCACAGCCGCCACACAGAAGUUCAACUACCUGGAGCUGUUUCCAGACCUUGGGAACAGAAAGCCGCAGCCAACCAGGCGCUUGCACUUCACGGAGGUGGAAGGUGGCUCAAAGUCUGACUGGACAAUUGACGAAGUCUUGGUCCAUUUGAAGACACCGGAGAAAGAGGAGAGCGUGGCGGCGCCCUCCGAGCUCAGCGAGGCGCGGCGUUUGCUGCAACUCGAUGAGAAGCCAUCUCGUCGAAACUCAAUGAGGUCAAUGUCCAUAUCUAUGUCCGACUCGCAGCUGGUGUCAACUCUGAAGACCACAAGCAAGCCAGCCCCACCUGUCAAGAAGGCUGCCUUUGGCAAGCCGCAAGGCAUUGCGCAGCAUCUUAUGUCGCUGGGCGAGGAGGAGUUGCAAGCCCGGCUUCUGACGCGAGAACCAGACGGUUGCGAUCCGUCCCCGCAACGCGUUUUUGACCGCCGGUUCCGGCGCGACUUUGCGCUGCCAGUGCUGCCGCCUGUGUCCUCUCGGCCAGGGCUGCGGGCUACGACGCACGGCCUGCCGCCCAUCUUCCACAAGGGGAGCUCUUGGGAGCCGGAGCGCGAGCACCCAAAGCGGGGGCCGCUGCAGACCACUAGCUACCUCAGGACCUGCCUCAAGGAUCGGGUGCUGCCGGAGCUGCUGCCAUUCUUCACGGGGCACUCCAAGCGCCUGGACGCGGAUGGCCGGCAGCUCUCGGAUCACGAUGUCCUGGCCAUCGCCGGGAUGCUCCACACCGUCGAGCAGAUUGAGGUCAUCAACUUGAGCAACAAUGGACUUCUGACGGACAAGUCUAUGGCGACCUUACUUGAAGCUGCGCUGCAGCGGCGGGGCCUGGCGGAGCUCCGCGCGGCGCGCUGCGGCGCGCUGGGGCCCAAAAGCGCCGCCCAGGUGGCGGCGCUGCUGGCCGGUGAAGCAGGGCGUUACCUGAGAGUGCUGGACAUGAGCGGGGUGGCUUUGGGCUUGGCGGCGCAGGUACAUUUGGCCGCCAGCAUCCGAGAGCACGACCAGCUGAGAGAGUUGAGUUUGGCCGACACCCAGCUGUCCGGCACCGACUGCCUUGAGUCCAUCGCGGGCAACGCCUCGCUGGAGCUCCUGGACCUCGGCUGGAACUCCUUCGACGAGCGCUGCUUCCGCCUCCUAGGCCAGGAGCUCCAGAAGAACUCCAUGCUGCAGCGCCUGCUGCUGCCCCGGUGCUGCCCCUCGCGCGGAGCCAUGGCACCGCUGCUGGAGGACUUGUCCGGAGUUCAAGGCUUGAAGUUCUUGGACAUCGCUGCCAAUCAGAUUGACUAUCAAGCAGCGCUUAUUCUGGAGGACGUGCUGCAGCACCAUCCCUGCCUCAAGAAGAUGAAUGUCUCCGAGAAUCCGCUGGGGGUGCUGGGUCUCCGCUCCUUGCUGCGGCUGCUGUGCAGCGAGGGCUCGCUUUUGGCCUUCGACGGCGGCUCCAUCUUCGAUGAAGAUGGGCACAUGGAGUCCGACAAAGCCUUCAGAGCGAGCAGCCCAGGAGGAGUCUAUCAGCUGGACUUUUCGAAGCCCUACCAUCGAAGUUUGCUGCGAGUUCUUGCCAAGACCGCGGAGCGGCUGCGGAUGCAGCUGCCAGAGGCCUUGACCAUGGGCGGCUUGCCUUUGCCGGAGAAAGCGCCAGACGGCACAUGGACAGUGCCCUGCCGGGGCGCUGCCAAGGUGCGCUUUAACGUGGAGAGGUCGGUGAACCUUACGGAGAAAUGGAACUUCGCCUCUGUGCUGGAGCAAAGAAGCUUGCGCCUUCGGGUGCCGGCAAGGAAACAAGUGCAGCUCCUGAUGCAGUUUAGCAGCCUGAGAUGCCAGAUUCAUGAACAAGUCGUUUUCCUGAAUGCGCUCUCAAAAGAUUUCCUCCUGGAACCCGCACAGCUGCUCCAGUUUUGCUGGGAGAAGGAGAUUGCUGAAGAGGCUGUGUGGAGACUGCUGCACUGCGUGUCCAGCCAGCAAGGGCGCUUCCUGACGCUGCUGGCCGCGCCAAACAUUGGCGCCUAUGUGGGCGCUCUACGGCAGACAUCGAACCUGCUGCGCUUCAAUGCCAUGAACCCAAGUGGCCACUACAGCCUGGACUUGGCGAAGCCCUGCGACUUUGCGGUUGGCCAAGACUUGGUGCUGCUGGACCGCUGGGAGCAGCUGUUGAGGGCCGAGCUCAAGCGCCGGGAUGUGGGCCGGAGGAGCGGCAGCUGCAUGUUUGAUGAGUUUUACCAGGGCGAUGCGCUGACAACAGGACUGGCCGAAUGGAGCUGGCCAGAGCAUGGCCUGCUGGAGUUUGAGUACGCCAGUGGUCAACGUCCGGGCGAGGCGCAGGCGAUGGCGUCGCCAGCUUUCCGGCAGCUCUGCAAGGCGCUGCUGUGUUGCAGUUUGCCGGCCACGGAGAAGGUGGCCGCGCUGCGCCAGGUCUCGCACCGCUUUCUCUUGUCGGCCUUCCAGCUGCGUAGCCUUUGUUGGCUGCUGGAUUCUGCGCGAACGGAGCUGUACCACCUCUUUUUAUUGAGGCUGGUGGACAUCCAGAAUCUGAAGCUGGUGCAUGAGGCGUUGCAGGAGCCACCGCAGCACCUCCAGAGGUUCAACCAGUGCAUGGUGUUCCCCUACAUCCAGCCGGAGGAGUGGGACUUCAAUCUGAACCUGCGCUUUGCCGACCAUCGCCUGGCCUGCUUGGCCGUCUUCAAGCUUUGCGAGGCCGAAGGUUGGAGCCGCUUGCAGGAUCCGGCCUUUGCUGCCCAAGAGGAGGCCGCAGAAGCCGACUUCUGGAAGAGCUCCAAGGAGGUGAGUUUGGACAGCCUGCCGUGGCGCGGAACAUUUCGAGGCCGGUUUACGGCGGACGCGGGCCGAAAUCUCAAGUGCCGAAGGCAGCUGCUGGAAGGCUUCGGGUACUGGCCGAGCAACAUCCCUGAAGAGCAGAUCUUCUGGUGCUGCGCCCCGCAAGCCCCAGACGAGGUUUGGCGCAUGGUUGAAUGGCUUCUCCUCCAUAUGAAGGACGUGGUCAAGGUCAUGCCGCAGAUCAUCAAGAAAGUGCCCGGCGGCGUGCAAACUGCCGGCUGCCUGAGCUGUGGCGAGCUGGAGCGGGGCCUGAAAGCCCUUGGCUUCAAGAGGCUUAGCAGUCUCUCAUCCGUCUUCAGUUACCUCACGUCUUCAGAGACCAUGUCUCAGGCCGACUGGAAGAAGCUGGAGCCUUUCUGCCGUCCUCUGCAGCUGGCUGCUCAGGAUUUCAUCGCCUUCAUGCAAAGCAUCGCGGGCGACUCCUUGGAAGACUGGUGGCGAAUCUUAGCGCCCGAGGCUACAGAGGUCAGCCGGGUGCAAUGGAACGAUGCCUGCAGGAGCCUCGGCUUUUGCGGUGACGCCUCUCGAGCAUACGAGCUCCUCGAAGAGGAGGAUGAGAGGAUUUCCUGGACUGAGUUUCAGCAACUUCAACAAUUCGUGUGACAAGCCAUGAUAAAUUGUUUCUUUUUUCAUUAAACAA